AUGCCUCACGAACCUCAGGUGCACCCUGCCGGGGACCUCCCUAGUGACCCUUCAAAGGCUGGCGCCCACUCCGCCUUCGACAUGCUGCCUUACCCCUCAAAACAAAUCCGGUACCUGGCGUGCACCGCGCCGCAGUCAAGGCAGAGGCUUCGAGCACAAAGAGCCUCCGCGAACCAGCCAAAGCAUAGCUCAGGCAAAGACCUGCCCUCGGACCGGUCAAUUCCGUACACGUCCAUCAUGAUUGUUGUGGAGGGACAGGGCAUCACUGGUCCUCACCGGACGGAGGAUGUCCUCAAUGGGCUCAAUCUCGCGACGCAUACACUCCGCCUCGUCUCGGCUAAGCCGCAAGGUCCUCGCGAUCAGGUACUGGCCGUGUGCAAGGUCUUCAACCGUGCCGAGGAGGCGGAGAGGAAGGCCAAUGAGGAGGCGGUGCGUCUGGAGAAGGAGAAGCUGAACGCGAAGCAAAAAUACAAGAUUGUGGAGAUUGGCUGGGCCAUCGCUGACAAUGACCUCGCUCUCAAGGCCAAGCGUUUAAAAGAGUUCCUAGAAAGUGGGUACAAGGUCGAGGUCGUGCUCAAGGGCAAGAGGCAUGGCAGGAAAGCCACCUCAGAAGAGGCGGAGGACGUCUUAAGGAGGGUGAGAGAGGCAUGGGCCGAGGUGCCGGGCGCUAGGGAAGCCAGGACCCCCGACGGCGAAGUUGGGAAGAUGAUGCGCACCCGCCCCGCAAUCUGCCACGAAUGCGAUCCCAAGCGGCAACCCGCAAACCGCGAAAAACCUGCGGCAGCCAGCCAGCCCGCCAGCGCCACUGCGGCAGGAGAGAAGAAGCUCAGUGGCGCCGAGCUAAAAGCGAAGGCCAAAGCUGAGAAGGCGGCAAGAAGGGCGGCGUCUAAGGUUGUUGCGCCGCCUACCCCGGCGGCCGGCACUGGCGGCGACGCCAAGGGGGCAAGGGCAAGGGAAAGCAGCAGGAUGCGCCUCAAGCCCUCGUGGGAAAGGCACAGCGCCAGUCCACUCUCCCCAGGCCCCAAAAGAGAACAAACCCUCUGCCACACUAUUGGCAUUGAAAAGGUCAUCGACUCGUAUACCACACCCGCUGGCAACACUCUCUCCCGCCACUUCACCUCCCACGUCCUUAACCCUCAAAUCGAAUAUCUCACCGAGUGUAGGCCCAUGUGCUUCUCAAUGGGCAACGCCAUACGGUGGCUCAAGCUUCAGAUUAGUAAGAUCGACGUCGACUCCUCGGAUGACGAGGCGAAAAAGCAUCUCUGUGAAGAUAUCGACUGCUUUAUCCGCGAAAAGGUCAUAAUCGCCGCAGGGGUCAUCGUGGAAAAUGCUGCCGAGGAGAUCGAAGACCAAGAUGUCAUCGUCACCUAUGCCAAUCACCAUCUCAUCAGGAAAGCACUGCUCAAGGCUCAUAAGUAUGGCAAGAAUUUCCGUGUUGUCGUAAUCAAUGACCCCCAUGACGGAUCAGGCGCCGAAAUGGCCAAGGCGCUCCAGGAGGGAGGAUUAAACGUGACCUAUUGCCCCGAUCUUUCCGGGUCCCUGUCAGUAGUUCGGCACUCCACAAAGACCUUGGUCGCUGCUGAAGCCGUAUUCAGCAACGGCUCCAUCUACGCGAGGGCUGGUACUUGUGAUGUCGCGCUCGCAGCUGCUGACUCAGACAGUGAAAUGAUCGUGCUCUGCGAGUCUAUCAACUUCACUGAAAGAAUGGCCACGGAUUCAUUGACGUACAAUGAGAUCGACCCCGAGUUUGGCGUCGAGACCGGAUUUAGGCUUUUGUAUGAUACCACUACCCCCAGGAUGGAGUUUUUGUAA